GUCUUCACCUCACAGACUCAGAGUAACCAAAGGAGACUGCAACUACUCAUUGUGUGUUCCUAGUGUGUGGGAGUCAAACAGAGAGAGAGAGAGAGAGACAUGGCUAAGUUUUGUGUCUUGUUCUUGGUUCUUGCUUUGGCUGUGGCCACAAGUGCCAGAAACGCACCCACUGAUGCUGGUCUCAAGGACCAGAAGAACUUCAUCACCUACGGUGGAGUCGGUGGCUAUUCCGGAAUUGGGAAUAAUGGACUACCUUUUGCAGGAGGUGGUGCUGGAAUAGGAGGUGGUUUUGGCGCCGGUGGUGGACUCGGUGGUGGCCUCGGCGGCACUACUGGCAUCGGUGGAAUCGGAGGACUCGGCGGUACCGGUGGUGGAAUUGGUGGCGGUGUUGGUGGUGGCGUUGGAAGCGGCAUUGGAAACGGCGUUGGUGGGGGUGUUGUUCCUUUCCCUUGAGAUCGUUGAAAGUGCAUGCAUGCAUGCAUGCAUGCAAGGGUUCUUCUGGAUGACUCUAGUGUUUGUUUUCGUUCAGGAAAUAAUGUUGUUUAUGUGCGUGUUCAUCAGCCAGCAGUUUAGUGUUUCACGUGUUGGGAAAGUGAAAAAGAGUAGUGUAUCUUGUAACGUGUCAUUCCAUCUUUCAUUUGUUUAGGUUUUCUGUCAACCAUAGCACUCGUAUAUAUACGUGGUUCUUUCAUAGUUGCAA